AUGAUUGAUUUAUGCCACGCUGAUCAGGAAGAAAAGAUGUUCAAUCGCUUGCACUCUGACUGCCGUGUCCCGGUGCCAAGCCCCAAAGUCUCGUGGGCCUCAUUCGAGAGGUAUAAGAAUAACUCGAAGCGCGUGGCUGAUAUGCUCAAGCCCGCAGUUGAAAAAUAUCCAAACUAUGAACUGGUGCAACGGCUAGAAAAACUCACUUCCAAAUACCACACCUCUGUCCCUAUCAUAAUUUCGUCGUGGCUACAAAAAGACGGCCUUGCACUCCAGCUAAACGACGACGAUCGACAUCUUCUUGACGAAACAGCCAAACUCAUCUAG